AUGAUUUCAGGACACCCUGAACGCACUGGACCUAUAAUCUCGAUCGCAAGAGACUCGCGCAGAAAACCAAGCGAAACUACCUUCCAAGCCGCCAACCCCCCCCUUCCCCUACCAGACCCAGAAACAGCUGGGAAAAUGGCUGGCAGGGCUUCUGUUACUCGAGAACUUGGCUUGCCCGCUGCUCCUCUUUCCGACUUGACUUCCAAAAAUUCUCGAAGAAGUUUAUCUAGGGCUUCUCGCAGAACUACUCACGAGCCGGAUUUCAACGGUUCAAAUCUGUCACAGUCAUCUUGUUCCCUGCCUCCAACUCCUCUUACCUCUACUUUUGAGGAAACUCAACCGUCUGUGAAACGACGGAAGACACGGCGGAGUGUCAACCCUGAAGACAAAGCGCUUCCUUCAGAAGAACCUGCGGAAACAUCCGAGAGAAGGGCUGCCUCUGAGCCGUCUCAAGCAGCAAAAGGUUCUUCUGCACAGUCCAACGGAGGGCAUUUCAAAGAAGAAAACGCCCCGGUUGACGAAGUAGUAACACUGUCGCCUUCCAAAGCAAAGCUCGUCGCUCGUCCUGAGCAAUCCCAGGCGACUUUGCAUUCAUUCCUUCUAAAAAAGCCACAGCCAAGGAGAAAGACUCAAUCUGCAAAAAAAGAUUCCACAGAAAUGGAUCACAACGCCCAAGAUGUGAAAGCUCCCACUUCGGAUGCUACCACACCUCGUGUUCGCAGCACUAGGAAGUCGAUGCCUGCUCUGCUUGACGGGGCCGCAAAGCAAGAAAAGGGCACUGCCCAAUCUCAAACCUCAGCCUCUCGAAGGGACCGUAAAUCGAAAAAUGCGGCCCAGGCACAAGCAAAUGGUUCUACCCCAGUUGCCGAUGUUAAGGCAAACCCCACUCCGGCUGGAAAUUCCAUCAAGGCCUCGAAAGCGCAACGCAAUGGGGAAACCAAACCUGACAUUCCCGACGCGCAAACCCAUCCUUCUACUCCUCUCAAUUCUACGCCAAAACGUCGUCGCACUCAUAAAGCUCGCACCGAAGACCAUGUCAGCCAGAAUACCAGUGUCUCAACCAAGGGAACAGAGACUCGCACACCUGUUGCAGUCCAAAAUAACGACAAAAGCCGUUCACGAUCGCGGCGUUCUAAACCCCGGGUUAGCAACACUGUGACCCUGACUCUAGGUCGCAAGUCGCUUGAAUCUGUGGUCGGUCAAAACGAUGAGCCUAUUUCCUACGAGCACGAAAUCGCGAAUAGUGUCGAGACUCCCGUCCAUGUCUAUGGCGACGACUUUCAUUUUGACUACGACUCGGAUAUGUACCGCAACAACUACGGCCUUGAUGGCCAGAUGGACACUCCAGCCUCCCCAACCAGCUUUUCUACGGCUAACUCGGCAGCUGCACGCACCUCUGGUCGCACACGCAAGCCCACUAUUCGUGCUCUCGAGUCUUUCGAGUCCGAACAGCGGUUCCGCAGGACUCGAGGUGCGUCUGUGAAGGCAAUGGCCGCGACCCAAGAGAACGGAUCUGCACCGAAAACACGCUCUCGACAGAGAGCUGGUCAAAAGCUCCUUACGAUGGCCGCACAACCUUCCCAGCAGCCAGAUGUGACCGCCAUUGCAAAGCAGAUGUAUGAUUUGGCCGCCGCCGUGAUGGUUACCGAGUUUGCACCCGUUCCUGAGGCCGAUAAGUGGUUUGAGGAGCUACGCGAAGAGUUUGAGAAGAAACAAUCCGACCAGGAGGCAGAAAACACUCAGCUGAGCAAAGAAAAGAUUGUGCCCACAGAAACCAGACAAAACUCUACCCAGCCAUAUGUUUCGGAGCCUGUUCAAGCUUCAGACCCUUGGACUGACAAGGACGGUUGGAUGUAUUCGGGCAGAGUUAACCAGUUCGGUGAGGAGUACGUGAUUGUGCCGCCCGAGUUUGAGUGGUAUCGGCCCAAUAACACCUAUGGGGAUAAAGACCUCCCCCUGCCUCCCUUGCGGAUGAAAUCCAGGGAUCAGCUGGAAAAGGACCGUAUAUUUGGAUUCCCCCCGCUCAUUGGGGAGCGGAACAUCCCACGAGAGCUCCCGGGUCCAUUUUUGUACGAAGACAUUUACCAGGAAAGGGCCAAGAUCAAGGCUCGAGAAGCAGCCCAACAGAGGGGGAUUGCAGUCCACAGGUUUAUGUCUCUUCCUGAGAUUGAAGCAUUGAUCUUCCAAUAUGACAGCACAAACCAUCCGCCGGCUUCUGAUAACGCCACUGCUCCGAAGAGCUCCAAUCCACCUUCCCGCAAGCGACGACGCACCGAGGCUACUCCAACUGCGAACAACACUGCCGAAUCUACAGGCAGCAUCAAAAAGCCUAAGCGCCGGCGUCAUAAUACCAGCGAAUCAACCCCGCCGGCAGCGCCUAGCCCUGUGGACUCUCCAACUUCAGCGAAGCCCAAAACUCUCAAAAUCAAACUCACUUUCUCCAACCGUGCGGUAGCCGCUACGACAAGCAAUGCAGAUGUAACCCCCGAUCAACCAAGAAAGCGCUCUCAUUCAGAGGCCGAGGACGACACACCAGAUAGCGCCAAUCCCCGGCCGCCUAAGGCUCAGAAGCAUUCCGCCAUUAGCCACGAGGACGGCGAUCAGUCGGCUGGUACACCGACCACCCCCCAGGCCGCAGCUCUUGAACACAAGAAUGAGACUCCAGACGUCCCAGGGUCCGCCGACACAUACACAACCGAAACCCCCGGUGGACGUCCUCGUCGACGUGCUGCCGCCGCACUGAUUGCCGGGUUCCAGAGCCACGCUGACGAAAGGGCUCGUCGAGCCCACGCAAGAAAGAAGACCACUUCCCUUGGCCAUGCUGCCGUUGAAUCCCCUCUUCGGCAAACAGUGAACCCUAUGAAUAUUGACUAG